CUUUUCUCCUCUUCACGACAACAACCUGCGCCAAAGCCUAGAAUUAUGGUCAUAUGUACACGCUACUUCAUCCAUUGUCUUUUCAUUUCCAUUUUCUCUUACAUCCUUUGGCUUUCAUCUCUCUCUACUCAUUCUUCAACCUCUGUUUCUUCUUUGCUGAACCAAGGCAUAACCCACAACUCUUCCAAACUUUGAAUUAGUUUUCCACUUCAACAUGGCAAGACCUUUUAAGAAAGUGAAAGACAUCAAUGAAAGGAAGGAGCUCUGAAAGAUAGCCGUCAGAGUCCAUCACAAUGGACACUUGUAUUCAAGAGUAAAUAGAACUUUUAGAUGAUAGUGGUGGAUAAAGAGCAGGUCUUGAAUGGCAUACAUUAGGUGCUACAUUGCUUGUAUCCGCCAAAUUCACUCUUGUAUCUGCCUGCAAUAGUAUUUUAAGGCUUAUGUCUCUGAUGGUGGAAGUUUUGUAUCUUGUAUUUUAACGAUUUUAUGGUUUAUUGUUAUGGUCAGUUGAAAGAUGAGCUUAACAAGGAGAAUUUGCAGCUUGCAUCGGGCAUGUCCUGGCGUGUGCGGCUGUUAAUUGUGAGAAACCAAAGUCUGGGUCAAAGUAUCUAUAUGCAGAGUUCAAAUCAUCAGGUUAAUUCUAAGUUAGGUGUCAUUGAUCGGGUCCAGAGGAGGUUCAAUUCGACUGAGGAUCUGUUUGAUUGAUUAAUUGAGGGGAUUAUCAGUUGGUCGCAGCUCCUUCGCUCAUCACAUAGCAUAGCUUUGCAUUUGAUUUCUAUCGCAUCAAGUAAUCUGUAGCCUGAGGCUGAAUGUUUCUAUUGAUAUUUCGAGCCUGCUUUGAAUCAAUGUUGCAGCAUUCAGGGCAGCCUUUCAUGUGCAUUUUUUUGUUGAUGUUUGACUGCAUAUGAUACGCAUUUAUAUCGAACCGCUUAAAAUACCAGUGGAAUAGUAUUCUAAUGUUUUAGCUUUCUGGUUGGACAAAUGAUUUUGGUGUUUAUUUGGUGUACUCGAUGAAAAAAAUGAUGGAAGAUAAAGCUUUGGUGAGGAGGCUUUCUUCCUGUGAGACAAUGGGAUCAACCACAACUAUUUGCAGCGAUAAGACCGGAACAUUGACAAUGAAUCAGGUGAGUGUUGUUGAGGCAUGUGUUGGUGGGAAGAAGAUUAUAUCUCCUAACGAUAAAUCACAGUUAUCUACUAUCGUCUAUUCUUUGCUGAUUGAAUGUGCUGCACAGAACACUAAUGGAAGUUUUUUUGUACCGGAGAGUGACAAUGGUGUUGAGGUUUCUGGGAUGACUCUAAAGAAGCGGAUUCGCUACCAAGCAAAGAAUAAACUAUGAAAGAGAUCACAGAUAGGGAGGAAAUUGAAGCAACACAUUUGAAAAGAAAAAAAUCUUCUAGAAAUAAAGAAAGUGUGAUAGAUGGUAGUGAAAAGAACAAAAGAUCUAAGGACAGUGAAUAACACAAAAAAUCCAAAGGAAGCAAAUCUGGAUCCAAGAAAACAAGAGCUUAAUAAAGGAAAUUUAAGAUGAAGGGUUGUGAUUUAGAUGGAUUGAAUACUAUGUGUACACCGUUGUAUCUAUAAGCUAAUAUUGGACUGCGUGGUGUAGUUAUGCAUGCAUUGAAGACUGUUAUUGGCACCGGUCGGACCACAGUUCGAACCAUACAUCAUCCAAGCAUCGAUAUAUUUGAAACUUUUGAUGAGGUAGUCAAAAGUACCUUCUGUUGUAUAUUUGUGUACAUAUAACAUCAUUGCAUUCGGGUUGGGUUUUAAAUGUAACAGUGGUGUGGAAGGCGGUGCGCGAUUUGCCGGUGGUCGGAGAUUGGCGGGGUAAUCCUUGGGAUGAUUGUGUUGAUAAGGAUCCUGUUAGUAUGCCUGUUUCUGUUUCUGUUAGUACUUAAACUUUGUAAACCAAAAUUGUUAAUUUUUUUUUCUUUUUUUGGGUGGUUUGUUAUUAGUAUUAUAGUUGUUAAUUCAAUGUAACCAAAGAAAGUAUAUUAUUAAUUAUUGUUAUUUUAUAUUAGUACUUGUGAGUUAGUACACCAUUGAUUAAAUGUGAUUGAUCAUACUUUAUGUUCUAUCUUGUGUGGUACCAAUAUAACUUAGAUUGUGCAUAUUGUUAUAUAGCUUUUGUUCUACUGAGAUUGUAGAACUUGGUUGGUCCUAUGAUUAUGACUUGGAAGAUCUCAACAUAGACAUUGUGACUAUAUCACAAAAUGGACAAUGCACAAUGGUGGAAACAACUCUCAAAGAAUCUAUACACCUCACUGUCGUAGGCCAUCCACAACAUGAUGCUUCUAACAGCAGAGUCUACACAACAAGAUAUGAAAUGUCUUAUUCAAUUUCAGGGAGGGAAAUUGUUGAAGGAGCUGUCCUUGAGUCAUAAUUAGGUUUUGUAACUUGUAAUAUAUGUCAGGUUAGUACACUUAAGUGUCACUCCCUUAAGUCCAUCUCCAUUGUAUUGUAUGUACCUAUUUUUUUUUGCAUUCUUCAAACACUCAUGUAGUCUGGAUGUAAAUUUAAUC